CUGCAGAUCAAGGUGAACGGGCAGAGAGGAGGUCUGGGAAUCUGUAUUGCUGGAGGAAAAGGCUCGCUGCCGUAUAAAGAGAACGAUGAGGGUAUUUUCAUCUCGAGAGUGUCGAGAGGUGGACCUGCAGAGAAGGCCGGGGUUCACAUUGGGGACCGAGUGCUGGAGGUCAAUGGGCUGGACAUGCAGGACGUCAGUCACCAAGAUGCUGUCUGUGUCCUCAGAAAUGCCGGAAGCUGCAUUAAGAUGAAGGUGUUGAGGGAACGAUGCAUGCCUGCGGAGCCACAAACACACGAGAGGUCUGAUGCCUUAGAGACGGACCCCGAAAUCAGCCAAGAGUGGGACAUUACCAUCAGCAAUAGCAGAUCUGCUGGCCCACAGCCCUCCGCUGAUUCCUGCACACUGACUGAAGCCACGGUCUGCAAUGGAAACGCAAAUAAUGAUUCAGUACAGGAGCUACGGCCGGCGAAAGAUGCAGAGACCUUCAAAAACAAUGCCCUGCAGGUUGUGAAGCACACCAUGACGAUACCUCGGAUUAUCCUGACUCACCCGUCUACCUCAGAUGACGAUGUGGAGCCGUUGACCCAGGACCCCGAUGAGGGAGAUUUCGACUCAGACUUCAGUGACUCCGACGGUCACAUCUACCCAGACUGCCUGAACAAUGCUUUCUAUCCUCUCUGAAAGCUGGGGAAACACACGGGCUACAGCAGAGCCGGCGACCUUUGGUGAAGUGGUCCGAAAAUCACUGGAGCCGAAAAAGCAUGGAUGUAAUGACACAGGCAAACUUCCCAUGAUGCUUACAUAAAAGAAGAGAUAUAGACGUUAUCUGAAAGUAAAUAGAAACUAUUUUUCUAAGAAUCUUGCACAUGCUUUUAAAUAGACUCUACUUUGCUUUGUGUAUGCUGUGUUACUUGCAUUUUUAAGUUGCCAAAAGACUGAAAUAAAGUGUAAAACUCUUG